AUGGCUGAAAUGCGCUCGGCCAUCAAGGCGCUAAGUGAACAUGUACCGUCGAAUGAAUUCUACAAAUGGAUCGACGUGUGGUCCGGUUGUAUGAAGGGCAGCGUGUUUGUCGUGCUUCUCGUAUUUUACGUCGUAACGGGGCGUCUUUUAUCAAAGGAGGCGGUGGCACACGUAUUGGGAAUCGACAACCUUCCAGCAAAUCGAAUGUGUCUAACGACCGACGAAUAUUUGCAUGGCAUGAUAAGUUUGGUGAAUGAGCUUCCACGUCUUUCCAUGUACCUUGUGAUCAAAGGAAACUAUAAUGCGCCUGAGCGUAUCGCAUCGAAUGUGAAUCAAAUUCAUUCGACAUUUAAAGAGCUAAAUCUGAAGAAUGACUCUCUUCGGAAACGCUUUGACUCUAUCAAGUAUGAUGUCAAGCGCCUGGAAGAGAUCUUGUACGACUUGACGUUGCGUGGACUUCUUGGCACCUCUGGCUCAGAUUGCCCAGACCUCGUUCCUGUCACGGAUGCGGCUUUUUCUGAGCAAUUCUAUACAAGACUAUGCUAA